CAUACACACAUACACAUACACACAGUGACACCUGUUUCACACACACACACACACACACACACACACACACGUGCUUGAGUGCACUCACACUGGAAAUGAGGGGAGAGAGAGAGGGAAGUAAGGAGAGAAACCAAGAAGAACAAUGAAAGCAGCAGUGAACUAUUACAACUAUAAUGAUGACAAGUUCUACAGAAAAACCACGAGACAAAGCUUACAGACAGGUUCACCCAAGCCUGGAUGUAUUGUAUUCUAGAACAUCAGAAACCUGAUCUAGAAGGUUUCCCUCUGAGUAGAGCGCCUGCCUAGCAUACACAAGGCUCUUCAUUUGGAUUUGAUUCCCAAGAACGAAUUUUUAAAAUGCCACUUAUCCACAAACCUAAAAUGUAAGUUGGUUCCAAUAAAGUACUUCCCCAUUGAGCAAAGAAGAUGUGGAUACAUGGUAUGUCUCCAAAUAUGUGAGGGUCUUUUACAUAUGGACUGAAGAGAUGUUCUGAGACUCCGUUGAACGAGCUAGGACUUCUGGUAGAGGCCACCAAGAAGCUAAAUCCCACUCAGCACUGUCUCUGGAGAUGGUAAGUUCCCCAGGACUGGAAUGGGGGGAAGGCAAAGGGAAUCACAGUUAACAUUUUGAAAACACCAGGUCUGUGCUUUCCUACAAAAUGCAUCCCAAAUGUUUCUCCUAGCAAGUAAUUCAUUUUACUGUUCCCAUAUGUAAGUGAGGAAAAAGAGUGAGUAGCUGGCUUUGCUCAUGGGGUAGAACCCUGACAUGGUCCUUCUGUUUAGGCUAGAGACAUAGGUAGAACCCUGACAUGGUCCCUCUGUUUAGGCUAGAGACAUAGUACACUGACACCUGCAUUUGCAAGUGAGAUUAGGACUAGCUCCUUUGAAGGAUCCUUCCCUGACCUGGAGUGAUUGUCUUUCCCUAAAGCAGGACCCUAGUCACCAGCUCCAGUAGUAUAUUAGAACCAGAACCAGGCAGAGCCCCUACUGACCAGAGGGAACUGGAACAAUUUUCACAACCCCAGGCCUCAAAGAAUUGUCCUGAAGUCCUCCUAGACAAAAUGCUUGGAAAGGGAAAUGUCUGGAUGCAGCAGUGCCACAAGGUGGCAGCAGAGUUUCAGCUGUGGAGUCCCAUUCCCCAGUUCUCAGUAAGGCUCCAAAAAGGAUCUCCUAUCUGUCACUUAACUAUUCGCAGGUAAAAGAUUAGUGAACUCACAUUUAACCUCACUAGAAGCAAUGGGGAUUGAAACGGGCUGUGGUCCUGACCACCCAUUCCAGGCAGGAGCAGGGACCAAGCUAGGUCAUCCUAGCCUGCUCUAAACCCUAGGUUCCUUCCCAUCCAGGACAUAAUGCCCAAUCCUGACAGGAGUUUCUCCAGUCAGGAACAAAAGGUGAUCAAUUGAAGCUUCUCCAAUCUGUUGAAGGAUUGGAGAUUCUUCUAAGGUUCCCCCAGGGUCUAGCUCUGACAAACUGUCUGCAAUUAAUGAUGCUUCCUGAGCUCUGGAGACAAGAUUUAUGCAUCUAAUAAAGUCUAUAACUCCAGGCUUAGGCUGGGGGUAGGAAGCUAAGAGCAGAAAGUCCCCAGGGGAGUAUGGGAGGGGGGUCCCAGGUGGCUCUUAAUAGAGUCAUGCAUUUCCAUUGCCUAGAUUUCCCCCCAGGCUGCUGACGAGGUGGGGGUAGGAGACAUCAGAUAUAAGAAGACCGUGGGCCACUGAGGAGGCAGAUGGCAGCAUGGAUUCCAAGUGGGCUGCUGUGCUGCUGCUAUUGCUGCUGCUGCUGAACUGGGGCCACACUGAAGCAGGGAGCUGGGGUGAAGACCAGGUCUUUGCAUGUACAAGACAUUGCCAGGUUCCUUUCCUGCCACUCUCUCAUCACAGGACGAAGAUAAGGGACCCCACCUACCACGGUAUGCCCACACUCCAGACAGGAUCCAGACUCCUGGGUCCCUCUUGCGUGUUGUGCUCCAGGCCAUUGAGAGACCUAGAAGGAGCCCAGCCUUACUGUUUCAGCCCCAGAGGCUUCCUCAUCCUGACCUGCCUGGGUCCAAGGGCUAUGAGACUAGGAACCAAGACCCCCUCCUUCCUACAAGACGUCAAGGGACUCAAGAUACCUGGUUAGUACAGCAGAUGGAACAGAGGCAGCAGCUUCUGCAGCAACGACAGGAGU